AUGCCUUUUAAAAAGACAAAGAAGGCAGAGAAGAGCCUUGUUGUGAGAGUCACAACAAUGGAUGCUGAUCUCGAAUUCGCCCUAGACUGGAGAGCGACCGGGAAGGACCUGUUCGACCAAGUGUGCCGAACCAUCGGGCUCAGGGAAACCUGGUACUUCGGCCUUCAGUACGUGGUCAGCGGCAUGGUUGCAUGGCUCAAGAUGGACAAACGUGUAUUGUCACAAGAUGUUGGAAGAAGCGCGAUGCCGAUUCAGUUUAGCUUUUUAGCACAGUAUUUCCCUGAGGAUGUGAGUGAAGAAUUGGUGCAAGAGCUGACUCAGCAUUUGUUUUUCUUGCAAGUGAAACAGUCCAUUUUGAACAUGGAUAUUUAUUGCCCUCCGGAAGCAUCUGUUUUACUUGCAUCGUACGCUGUUCAAGCAAAGUACGGAGACUUUGACGAAGCAUCCUACAAGCCGGGGUUUUUGGCGUCGGAGGACCUCCUGCCUCAAAGGGUGAUUGACCAGUAUCAAAUGACACCGCAGAUGUGGGAGGAUAGGAUAAAGGUCUGGUAUGCUGAUCAUAAGGGCAUGACCCGGGAUGAAGCAGAACUGGAGUACCUGAAAAUUGCGCAGGACUUGGACAUGUAUGGAGUCAACUACUUUCCGAUCAAGAUGCUUGAGCUUUGCAUUGGAAAUCAUGAUCGGUUCAUGAGGCGUAGGAAACCUGAUCCCAUGGAGGUGCAGCAAAUGAAGGCUCAGGCCAAGGAGGAGAAACUCAGACGUCAAAUGGAGAGGAGCAAGUUGGCCAGAGAAAAGCAGCUUAGGCAAGACUUGGAGCGCCAGAAGGCGGAGUUGGAGCAGAGGUUGGUCCAUUACCAAGAAGAAGCCAGACUGGCCCAGCAGCAACUGAGGAGGUCUGAAGAAGCUGCCGAACUGUUGGCUGAAAAAUCUAGGAUUGCUGAAGAGGAAGCAAGACUUUUGACCCACAAGGCGAGGCAGGCUGAAUCUGAAGUGGAACGAGUCAGGAAAGAAGCUGCCAAGUCUGAGGACGAGAGGCUGAUGUUGGAGAGAAAAGCCAGGGAAGCUGAGGAACUGGCAUCCCAGUGCCUGAAUGAGAGUGAUAGAAGGGCUAGUGAAGCGAGGAAAUUAUCGGAAGAGCUCCUGAAAGCGAGACUUUCCGAAAAGAUGGCCAAGGAGCGCUUGGCGCAAGUCCUUCAGAGCUCAGUGUCGGGCAUCUCCUUGCUUUCACAAUCCUCGGCGUUGGGGUCUUCUGGAGUUGUUGGGUGUGAGUCUGUGUCGGAUUCGUCAGGGAUGCUGUUGCUUGGUUCUGGACGGAUCCCGUCUUCGGAACUCAAUGCCUGUGAAGAAGAAUUCUCAAGUUCCGGUUUAGAUCUUCACGACACUUCCGGCCUGGGUGUCGACAUGAUGCUUUAUGAAAACGCGCCUGAGACGGACGUCCUUGACUACGACCUUCUCGUCACCGACAGUGAUAUGGAGAAGCUCACACUGGCCAUAGAGAAAGAAAGGGUUGAUUACCUGCUGAAAAGUCAAACAUUACAGGAUCAGCUGAGGGAGCUGAAGUCUGAGAUAGAUCUUUUGAAAGUAGAAGACCAGCAGACGUCUCUGGACUUGUACCAUGAAGAACAACUCGCAAAAGGCGAGAACAAGUACUCAACACUGCGCAAGAUUCGAUCUGGAUCGACGAAAGCGCGCGUUGCGUUCUUCCAAGAGCUGUGAAGUGUGGCUGUGGAAGGAGUGAACAUCUCUGCAAAUACCAGUGUGUGUCCUUUGCAUUAGCUUGUGCCUGUUUUCUGGAAUUCUUGGGGCUGAAGCAUUGACUGUCGUGCCAAGGUUUUUAUGGGAAGGGCAUUUGACGAGAUGCUGUUUUUAUUUUUCGAACCCCAGUGAGACGCCUUCAUUUGGCCCAGUGCUCUGAAGUGUCCUCGAGUAUGUUGUUCAUCUGCAGGAUCUUGUGGUAAGUCAAAAGUUCUGGGAAGCUGUUCACGCGGUCGUGUGUGAAGCAGAAUCACCGUAUACUGUCGUUGCGAAGGAUCACGUUUUGUGCGGAAAAUGCGCAGGAAUUGCGAGAAUAUCCGCUUUUUUUGAGAGUGACAUUGGGCUUCUUGUAUCUCCAUCAGCAGUUUGUGGUUGAUGGGACUCGUUGGACAUUUCAGUGUGCUAUAUGGAAAGGUUUUUUUUUAAUUAAGUCCUUGCAGUUGUCCUGUUUUUGAGGCAGUGUGGGAGAUCUCCUGUACUUUUUGGUACAAUAGUCAACAGGUUCAUGGGAGUUGAAUAAACACAGAGGUUUGAAAUCAG